AUGUCUAUCAAAUCAAAACCCUGGAUCGUCUCCUCCGAACUGAAGCAACGUUUCUCAGAGACAGUUAAUUUCGCCAAUAUGGCUUUGGGAUUAUUACUUGGAAUAGGUCGAGCAUACAGAAGAAAACGAACAUCUUCACUCAACAUUCUCACUUCAAAAACAGGUCCUCGUGAUUACUACAAGGGCAAAAACUGUAAACCAACUGGUUUUCACACACGCAAAGGUGGUUAUGUUGUGGUGCAAGAAAAGUUGCCAAACUAUGUGGUUCCAGAUUUGACUGAUUUCAAGCUGAAGCCAUAUGUUUCCCAAUGUGCUAAUACAACAGAUGCUGCUGCUUCUUCAACUUAACUGUAUUAUUAAAACUUUUAAGUUUUUAUUAUUUAAUAAUAUUUUAGACUUUGUUAACACUCAAAAGUGUCAUACAUGGAAUUUGCGUUGUGGUUUCCUUGAAUGUUUGCUGACAUUGUUAAGUCAUAAAAAUGGUUUUUUUUUU